AUGCAAUUGAAUUCUACAACUGUUGAUGAACAAGAACAAUGUGAACAGCAAGGCGAUUCUGCUCGAAAAAGGAAAAGAGGUAAAACAAAGAUGCUAAGUGUACAUGGAAGGUGUGAGCGGAAAUUGAUCAUAGUAAAUGAGAACAAUCAACCUAUUGGUCCUACAAAAGAUGUUGUGGCAGAAUUGGGUAGUUUCCUUGUCACUUUAGCAAGGAAUGCGAGUCUUUGCCCUCUUGAUAUAUUUGAUUGGAGAAAAAUGGACACAAAAGAAGAUUUAUGGGCGUAUACCAAGGAGAAAUAUGAUAUUCCUGAUACUGCAAAAAAAUGGACUUUGGAUGCAAUUCAAGCUGCUUGGAGAAGACAGAAGAGCAAUUUGAAAGAACACCACUUUGACGCCUAUGCGAAUGAUGAAAUUCGAAUGCAAAAAAGGUCUGAAUAUAUUCCAGCAUCUCAAUUUAAGGAUCUCCUCAAAUAUUGGAACUCUGAAAAGUUCCAGAGAAUGUCCAAGACCAAUAUUGAGAAUCGAAAACAAUUGAAGAAUUCACACACUGUCGGCAAAAAAAGCUUUGCUAUAGUCCGCAAUGAAUUGGUGGAAAAGAGAAGAACACUUCUGACCCGUUAUCACUACGAGAGUUCUUUGUGGCUACAAGAUCAAGAAAACCUGGAAGGUCAUAGAAGGAUUCUGAUGAAGAUACAACUAGUAAAAUUGCUGAAAUGGAAAAAAUUGAAGCACAACAAAGUGAAGAUGGCAGCAGCUCUGUUAAUGCAUUUGCAGCCGUUUUGGGACCUGAACAUUCAGGGCGACUUAGAUUAUAUGGACGAGGGGUUACAAGAACUUCUUUGAAAGGAAAAAUGGGACAUUUUGAACCCUCUUCACAUGCUACAAAUAAUCUGGUCCAACAAAUGGAAGAGAGGAUGAUAAGAAUGUUUGAGGAACAAAAGGAACAAUUUGAGAGAUAGAAGGAAGAAUUUGAAAAACAGAAGGAACAAUAUGAGGAACAAAAGAGAAUGAUGCGACAAGAAAUUCUAGGAGAUAUUUUUGUACAGUUUCAGCUUUCAGGAUUGCCAAUUGAUCCUACUAUUUUAGCAACCUUGUGUGGUCGUUCAUGGGGAGAAGCUUCCUCCGCACAAGUAGCUAUUCAACCAAUCAAAAGGCCAUCUUUUGGUAGCAACAAUCAAGGUUAGAAUUUUUUGAGAUUAGUUAUAGAUUGGUUAAUUUUUAAUUUGUGCAAUUUAUGUAAUUUCUAUAAAUCAAGGUUAGAUCUCCCAGCUGUCUUCAAUUCUGUCAAA